GUUUUCAAAGGACUCAAAAUAUACAAUAAAAACAUGGGGAAAAAAACUGUCUUGGUCUUGUCCAUUAAUGUGUGGUUGUGCCAUUUACUGCAAUGUGCAAUCUCAUCCAUAUGAUCUAUUUUUUAUAUAGUUUUGGUAUUCAGCAGAGGUAUCUAUUGACCCCUAACAUAACAGGAGGGCGACUUUAUACAAAUAUUAAUGCAUUGGUUUAAUCCUGUAAUUAAUGAAGGGCUGUUUUGGAAAAAUAAUAGACCGUUAAUGGAUAUUUUAUUGGGUUUUUGGCUAAAGUUACUACAAACCCUAAAGUGAAUAAUACUAACGGAAGUACGAGUAACGGUUCAAAUGAAGCCUGUUGCCAUAGCGACGCGGUGAGUCGGAAGCAUUCACCAUAGUGAGCUGCAGCUUUAGCAUCGCUGCUCGGGAAUGACUCGUUUGUGCGAAUUUCCCGUUAUAAUGCCCAGGUUUUACAUGUUCGGUCUCUAACCGGUUAAUGUCUCGAACAAGCGUUUGUAUGGCCGCUCCAACAUGAUGACUUUCCAGGUUAAUGCAUCGCUACCUACCGCAAAGGCUUUAAUAUCAGGGGCAAGCUCAAAUUGCAGCCAGCGCGGCCCUGAUGCGGUUGGAUAUCCAGCAUACAGGAACUUCGGGAUGGGAGCGGGUGGAGGACAAGCAGCUUUCAGACAAAAUAAUCGCAUGAGGAGGAAAUUUCCUGCUAUACAACCCCUGAGCAAGUCCGGCGAUUGGAAAACGCUGGUUAGCGGCAUCAUAGCUGCAGGGUCACCUAACUUAGCCAAAGAUGACAACCUGGAGUCAGAGAACAAUGCCCCGGAGAAGGACAUCUGUGGGAGACACUUUCUUUUUGAUAAGCAAUGUACGAGGUUAGAGAGGACGAGAACUGUGAUCCCUCCGCUGAGAAGAGACUACCAUGUGCACAGACCUGGCAGCCUGCAUCCUUUCAGCCUGUCCAAGGAGCUUUCCCACAGCCAUGCUGGGCGGCCCUUCACCCUGGGCUACCCUGAAAGAUAUGAACUGAAUACGAGUCCAGCCAUCCUCUUUCCCUCCACGUUAGUUCUCAAUGGCAGAAACACCUUCUCGGUUGAGAACUGCAAGCUCAGCAGGCCUAAGGUGCAUUAUCCAACCUCCAACCUACUGACUGUUAAAGAUCAAUCAAAUCAAAAGAGCCAGUCCUAUCCAGACCCAAUGGUUGGAGCCUCUCGUUCUUUCAUCCACAGGAUAUCUGAGCUGUCCUCUUUGGAGGGAGAGACGGUGAGACAAGAAAAGCUCAAGAAAAUGCGGAAACCUAGAAAACCUUCAUCCUGACAAUCACCUUCUUCCCAGUCACCCUGGUUAAGGAUCAAAACCUUUGAGUCUGUGCCAACGACGUCUGAGCAAAAUAAAACAUUUAGUGGACCGUGCUCGUUUCAGUGGCUCGUUCUAACUGCUUGUUUGUCCUCAGUGAUAUUAGUUUCCUGCUUAACAUGGCUGAUCUUCACUUUCUGGGAUUCCUGACCUGAGCUCCGCUCUUUUAGUGAUUUACAUGUAGUAUUUACUGUGGUAAACUGCAGCGUUUGCUCUGCUGAUAAAUGCUGAUGAUGAAUAUUAUUGAAUAUUUUCAACCCUCACUCCCAGCUGCCGGUACUCCUCCACUCAGCAUCUGCAUGAACAGAUAUUUAUUUUAUCUUUCUAAUGGCUUGUAAUGGCUGUUAUGUUAUACUGCCAUAUUUAUCACUGUAUCGUUAAUAUGUUACAGAGUCUGUCAAGCUUGCAUCUCAUUACAACAGUGUUUCAAAUAUUGCCGUUAUAGACUAAUCAAACUUUGUUAGUAUGUGAAAUAUCUAUGUACAUAUUAAAUAGUUUAGCAAAACCAUUAUUGUGCCUUGUUAAACGUCUUCCUGAAAUUAAAUAAAUUUAUUUUUGUUAUUAUUA